AGAGAGAGAGAGAGAGAGAGAGAGAUAGAGUGAGACGGGCAGGCGAGGGGUGGGGAAGAGCGGCGAGAAGUCCGUACGCCAGUAUAGCAGCAGCCGACAGUCGUGAGCCUCGCGGCGGCCUGAGCAGCAGCUGUAUCAACUGCCUCGAUCAGUUUUCACGUGUGUGUGCUCCGUUUGCUCGCUCCGUUUGCUGGCCGGACUGACGGGGGCGAUAAAACGUGUACGAGUAUCGCGCGACGCGUGCCAAUGACUGGCCGAUAACAAUGCCGUCAGAGCCUCGCCGCAACUGUUAUCGCCGUCAGCGUUGUUGCCGCCGCUGUUGUUGCCGCUCGUUAGCCAAAACAUAGCGAGCGCGCGCGCGCAACUUGCGGUCGUUCCUCACGCUCUCCUCUCUCUCUCUCUCGCGCUCGCUCUCUUCUCGUUGCCAACGGCACCGCUCUCUGCCUCUGUUUCAAGUUUAUAGUGUGCCCUGAUUAGUUGCUGCCAGCGAGCCGAGGAUACGCUCGCCACAACGAGGAGCCGCUCGGCCUGCUUGUGUUGUUGUACUCUAUAACACUGUACUCUGUGCGCACUGUGCGAGCCGGGGAAAAAAUACGAGCGAGCUUCGAAAUGCCUCGGCACGUGUGGCGGACUCUGGGACUGACUUUUAUGACCCUGCUGAUAACGGGUGCGAGCUGCUUGAAGAACGUCAGGUUAGAAGUAAUUCCGGAGUUAGUGGAGCAUGGUCACGAAGCCAUUUUACGAUGCUCGUACGAGCUCGAGGAUGCCCCCCUUUACUCUCUUAAAUGGUACCGGGGCACUUACGAAUUCUACAGGUACUCGCCGAACGAAAAGCCCGCAACGAAAAUUUUCAAUUUCACCUGGAUCGAAGUUAACCCGAACAAUUCAAACGAGAGCCAAGUGACGAUACAGAACGUGGAUUUCCCUCUCAGCGGGAAUUUCAGUUGCGAAGUUACGACGGAUGCACCAACUUUUUCCACGGCAAGCAGCGUGAAAACACUGACCGUUGUUUCCGUACCCAAGGGUAAGCCUGUUAUCGUAUCGGAACGUGGACGUUAUGAGCCUGGGGAGACUCUGAAAGCAAAUUGCAGCGCGCCACCCUCCAAACCACCGGUUCAACUCUCUUUCACGCUCAAUGAUUUGCAGGUCGGCGAGCCUUCUCAGCCAUCCAAGCGGAGCCAGUCAAAGCAGCGCGAGCUCAACAGUAUUACGCAUCAGGAUCGCCACGACGAUCGCCAGCAGCAGCAGCAGCAGCAUCGGGACGAGGAAGACGAGCGUCAGUGGACUGAGCUGAGCCUUCACCUGCAGCCGUUCCAUUACUCCCACGGCCAAUUGAACCUGCGCUGCACCGCCAAGAUCCCUGGUGUCUAUGAGCAGAGCAGCGAAGUCCAGCUCGGCUCGAGCCUCCGGGAACCGGUGCCCGAGAGAGCAGUGACAUCCGAGAAUGCCAGCGACAACUGCCGCAGGGCUGCCGAUUUCACGAUCCUCGCGCUGAUUCUCCUGCUCCUGCUGCACUUGAGAUAGUCGGGAGGCUGCUGCUGCUGCUGCUGAGAGACGUAUACAGGGAGAGGAGGACGCAGAGCGGUACACAGCUUGAUCCAGGUAUGCUAAUGCGGCCGUGCGCCGUCUUCGUCGAGCCUGCGCGGGAGAGGACCUGCGCUCUUGGCCUGGCGGAUCUCCAGCAAAAUUGGCGACACACACACACACACACACACCCACACUGUUGAACGAAAAUAUGUGACUUUACGUGGUUUUUAUAAAUUAAGAGUACGCACGACACAUUGAUUAAUACUUAAGGAGCGAGCGACAGCUGAUGGUCAGAUGGAAUAUAAGUAGAGCACCCCGCGUGCGCUUAUACAAUGUAUCUAUACCGAAUUUGUUGUUAAUAUGAUUGUUAUGUUGGAGUGUGCGACAGAGCUGACGUAUAAUAUAUAAAGGAAAAUUAAUCAAAAUCGAGAUAGCCGCUCGUGGAUUACGUAUAGAUAUAUGUAAUAUAUAUAUAUAUAUAUAUAUAUAUAUAUAUAUAAAAGGGAAAACUUCAAUCAAAAUGACAAACCGUCUGUGUGUGUGCGCGCGUGUGCGGAGGAUGACCGAUCUCGUCUGCGGGCAUGUAUGUGCAGCCGGAGGAUGAUGAAACUUCGUAAUCUGCGAUAACGAUAAAAGAACGAGAUGUAAAUGUAAUUCCCAUAGUUGAUAGCGCAGUUAAAAUGACACGUAUAAGGUCGUAAAGCGGCGUUGAAAGCUAUCCGAAAGGCAUUAAAAUCGUGGGGCGGCGCGAGAAGGACCGAACGAAGCCGGUAGUUAUAUAGCAAUGACUAAAAACUCGUUACGUUGGAAUCCCCAACCAGAUACCAUAUAGUUAUAGCGUCCACGCAGAAAUCGAUGAGUGUUAAAAUAAAUCCGAUUUCGUCACACACACACACGGACAUACACGCGCGCGCUCGCAGCUCGGUGGUGGCCAGCGAGACGACAAUUUUUAUUCGCACCGAAAACACGGAGUAAAAAAAAUCGAACGGAAGAGGGACGGGGAAAAAACGGUAAUAAAACUACAGCCUGGCGUAAAAUGGCCCAUCAGUUUGGUCCCCCGUUAAACCCGUUAAAAGAACACGGCUAUACAUAUAGGUGAAAAGAGCAAGCCGGAAACUGUUUAAAUCAAAACUCGCGAGCGGACAAACUGAUCGAUCCGCGAAGUAGUGGCGGCGAGAACGAGGUAAUGAAAAACGAGUCUUUCCCGCUCGCGCGCUUUUAAUUUUCUCCUCGCUUUGUUCGCGGCGCUUAUUACUGCGCUGGACACCACACACAGCAGCCGCAGUGGUAUAUAAAGUGGAAGAAAAGACGGCUCGCGACAACUGGAUUUUUGCAAUGAAUUUCGCUUUCCUUUUUCGCCGCGAAACGCAAUUUCUCCUUUGGCAUUGUCUCUUUAUUUCCCGCUCUCUUUUGUCACGUGCGCCGCCGGGAUGGCUUGCUUUCGUUAAACCCGCUGCAGCGCGCGCUGUACAGGUGACUUUUAUGCGUUGCCGCUACAAAAGAAAGUCAAUUUGCUCGAACAUUCCAAGUAAAUAGGUAAACCUAUCUCGAAUAUAAUAUGCGAAGAAUAACAGCGGACACUACUGCACGCGCGUAGAAAAAUAGCCGAAUCGUGCGCGCGUGCGCGCGCAGAGAGGCAGCCGAAAAAAGUUAAGCGUCGCGGCGGAGCAAGGGCUGCCGGGGGGCUGGCAAGAACACGAGCAAAAUGGACAAUUUGUCGAGAUCGAUAUUGCUGAUAGAAACGAGAUGGCGGAAUCGGCGCUGGUCGCGCGCACGGAUGCGCCGUUUUUCAUCCGCUCUUUCUAUUUCCAUGAAACGGACGAUAAAACCCGCCGCGCGCCAGCGUCCUCCAUAUGGAUAUCGCUCUCGUGCCCCGCACUCGUUGCAUAAGUAAUGCGCGCGCCAAAGACUGUCCCGCCGCACUUGCUCUCGCGCGCGCGUCUCGACUCACAUUGUAUUGCCUCGUGCGCAGCCUAUAUAGUAUAUACGCGUAUACACACACGCCAAGCACGCUUGCAGUCUGCUACAAAUCACGCGCACAAGUAUCGUGACGAAACGGUCACUGCGCUCCUUUUCCGUUGCAUGUUCGAACGGACACUUUUUCGUCCUUUCGCAACUCCAUAUAUUGCUUUUUUGACUGCUGCGCAGCAUCGCUGCUGUCGGGUAAACAUCUGCGUUUUUAUUUUCGUUUUAUUUUUUCUUAUUUUUUCACCAACCUGCCAACUGCAAAAUGGACCGUUGCGCAGUUCUCCGGGACGAGAUGUUUUCCUAUGUAUACACCGACGUGUUGUUCUUCAGUUACCACACACCAUUACACUGCACACGGUAUAUAUUGCGCGUCCACACGGGAUUAUAUAUAGACGAGAGCGAGCACUGCCCGUUUCUCGUAUAUUUCUCGAUUCUCCAACACGAUUGAUACGCGAAAUUCUAAUUCUGUUGCAACAAAAGCGUUCCGCCGGUGUGUUAUAACAUAGGUGUGUAUGUGUGUGUAUAUGUAUAUAUAUAUAUAUAUAUAUAUAUAUAUAUAUAUAUACACAUAUACAUAUAUAUAGGUCAAUAUGUAGUGCGUUUAAGAUAAUUUAUUCACGACGUUGAUGAGCAUUACAACUCAAUUGAAAUUUCGACUAUCAAUAUUGCGAGACAAUUAUAUAACACUGGAUAUCAAGAUUCGAUGAAAUUCUCCUUUCAGCGACGCGUUUGCCUGUACUCGUUGCAAAUUUUUCGUCGGGUUCAUUCUGCGGGACGAGCUUAAAUGUAAUGUAUAUAUAUUAAAAAUAAAAAGAAACUCAGUGUGUGACGAGAGAGAAGAAUGGAGUGCCUGGAUUGGUGGCGCAAAAUUUAAAUGGAGAGUAAUGAGAGGACGAUUGAAAGGAAAUAAUUUAUUUUUAUUUGCCGUUAAUACUAGUACAUAUAUUAUAUAUAGGUAUAUUUACCAACGUCUAUUGUAUGAAGAGAAUACAAUUAAGAUUAAUACCACUAAAAACUGUUAUAAAAAAGUUAUGAGAAAAAAAAUACCAAAAAAUCGAUAUAAAAUACACACAAACACGAGGUAACGCGUACACAAGAGAUAAAAUCGCGAGUUCUUUCCUUUUAUAAAACUCUUAAAGUUUUCAUUAUAAGCUGAUAAAAAAUCCUGCCAAUAUUUUUAAUGCGUCUACCGAUGAUAUUUUUAAUGUGACUUGGAAAACUUUCGUUUGGAUCUUUGGGUGCGACACGACGAUAAAAAUGUUUGAAACCACUUUUCCGUGUGACACACAUUCUUAUUUAUUGCGUCAACGCGCAUAUGACAUAGCGUGAAUGAGAGAAAGAGAGCAAACUGCGUUCCAAAGCCCAGGGUAAUAAAUAUAUUAUGAACAUGACGAGUAAAAAUAAAGCGAACGACGUUUUUUUACCCACCAAAGUAUACGCUCUCUUAAUUGCUUCAUCGUUUGAUCGGGUGCGCAUCGAUGACGUUAUAUUGUAUGGCAAAAUCAUGUAUAAAUUAAAAAACAACGAGCAUCUAUAUAUCCCUUACUCAUAUGCAGCUAUAACUAUGUACGAAUUUAGUUCGAAUGUAUAAGUUGUAUGUUUUUCAACCUAAAUAGAACUACGAAGCCAAAUAACAAAGUCAAACCAACACUGUUCUCGGUGAUUUUAGAAUAAUAAGUACGAGGCAAUUGCGAGGAUUUGAGAGAGAGGAAGCUGCGUUUUGUUGACAGUUGUCGAAACGAGUGCGCGGAAGAAUGCAUAAUGAGCGAAAGAGAGAGAGAGAGAGAGGGGGGGGGGGAAGUGCGCGAUACGUCAGCAGCAAAUUAUGACGAAUUCGCGAGCGUGCAUUAGAAUGCGUGUAUGUGUACGAGUACGAGUGCUACGAGAGAGGACAUGUGAAAAUACCGCGUUAUUAUUAUGCAAUGUAAAUAUAAUUUUGUUUGUACGCAUGAGAUUCAAAGCUACGGUAAUAAAAUCGGAUUUUCUGUGCUCAUA